AGUCUCCGAGGAGCCUCGCCCAGAAGGGGCGGGGCUUUGGGAGGUCCGUUUGUCUUUGGGGCUUAUUUCUAUCCAGAGCAGUGCCUGCGUGGAGCUUCCACGUUGCGACUCAGCCGACCUUCUUCCUUACUCCUGCACGACCUGGUGUGACUGUGAGCAGCCGUCUCUCAACUUUUCCUUCUGAGGAUCUAGCAGCAGAAAGCAGCUCUACUUCCCUGCAAAGGAGCUGGGCACCGUCGCCAUGAAGUUCAUGCUGAACCUCUAUGUGCUGGGCAUCAUGUUGACCCUGCUUUCCAUCUUUGUUAGAGUGAUGGAGUCUCUGGGAGGCUUACUGGAGAGCCCACUGCCCGGGAGCUCCUGGAUCACGAGGGGUCAGCUAGCCAACACACAGCCUCCUAAGGGCCUGCCAGACCAUCCAUCCCGAGGAGUGCAGUGAACCUCCCUCCCUGCAGGCAUCACAGCUUCAGCAUGUCCAACCACACGUUCCAUUUCUCGGGAGGCAGCAUCAAGUGUCUCCAAAGGACUCUUACUAGGCCUGGAAGGGCUGUUCCCUUACCCUGGAAAAGAGCCUAUUUCCCCUAGAGCUGUGAGUGGGCUGUCUGUGGCUCUGGGAUGGAGGUGUACCAGUUCCAGCUGUUGGGAGAAUGGAUUUUGGUUUCGUUUGUUUCAGACCUCUGUCCUAAAGGACUCUUUUGGACCUAAGUAUCUUCUGUUGGUUUACCAUUGAGUCUCUUCCCUGAGAGUUGUUUGGAUGGCAUCAAAGGGGUUGUGGUUUGACUGUGAAGACAGAGGGUGGACUAUCCAGUGUCCAGGUCAAGUUGUACAUUUAAGUUCUUUCUCCAGUGUAAUGCACAUGUGUUUGUAUAUAAUGUCUAAAGGGCUAUGGGAUGAUCAGGCCUGCUUAGGGUAUGGGAGUUCCAGCCACUGUGUGGCUUAAACAUGAAUUUUUCUAAUGCAAUAAAUGUGAAUAUAUAUGUUUCCACUG